AAAGAAGGACGUCUAGUGGCAGGGCGUCUCCGAAGUGCUCGCGCGAUCUCAUGAGCGGCCAUCAUUAAGUCGGCUGGGCUGCCUGCAAUCCGCUUCCGGUAUAUGAGUCACUUUGAAAUUUAGACAUUGGCCUAAGGUCUUCCCAGGCAAAUUUUUUCUGUACAAAUUUUCCUAAACCGAAUCGAUGAUGUCCAAUUCCAAUAAUCCUGGGAGAGCUGCUUUCAUUGGCCACUUGGCGUUGGCGAGAAGAAAAGCCUGCAAAACUGUAAGAACUCACCACCACAAAACCGUCGCAAUAAAAUAUGCCAAAACAUCGGUUUUCUCGCCAUAAAUGUACGUGGCAAAAUGGCAGAAAUACUCGUUCCAUGCACCCCUACACAACUGCCACGUUGCACCCGAUUCUCUAUAACUUCCACAAUUACAAUUCGAAAGGGAAAACAAAUUUAUUCCAGCAAUUUGAAUUUGAAGAGUUCUUUCGAGAUUUGCAUUUAAGAUAAUGGGUAACAGGAUGGUGUGGUUUGUGGUGUGCUUUGCGGCGGUGGUUUCUUUGGGGUGGUGUUGGGGUGAAGAUUCGGCGGAGACAGCGAAUUUGGCUGCUGGGAAUAUGAAGGUUCGAGUGGAAGAGGCCAAGAAAAGUGCUUCCGAGACGGUGCAGGAUGUUAAAGAGAAGGCUGAUUCCUGGACUGAUUGGGCUAUGAACAAAUUGUCUGAGGGAUUUGGAUCCAGUCAAGAUAGCGCGAAAGAUGCAGGUCAAACGAUCAAAGAAAACGUUAAGCAUGCUGCUUCAAAAUCCGCAGAUACACUGAAUUCAGCAGCAUAUGAACCAUCAAACUAUGCUAUGGAGAAGGCCAACAAUGUGGCAGAAACAACAUCCGAGCAAAUGGGUAAUGCCAAGAACUAUGCUUCAGAAAAGGCUGGUCAAGCCAUGAAUACAGCAUCUGACGUGGCUUAUGAUGCGAGAGAAAUUGGGAAGGACAGAGCAAACAACGUUUAUAAAACAGCUUCGGAUUUGGCUAGCGAGGCACAAGAUAAAACUCAUGAUGCCUACAACUUCGCCUCUAACAAAAUGGGUUCAGCAAGGGGUCGGGUUUAUGAUAUGGCUGAUGAUGCCAAAGACUCUCUAAAAGAUAAAGCACAGAAUGCCUAUGAAUUUGCUUCCAAGAAGGUGCAAAAUACCAUGGAUACAUCUUCGGAUAUGGGAAAGGAUGGACUAAAGGUGGCAAAUGACAAAUUUCAAAAUGUUUAUGCCUUCACUUCUGAUAAAGCAGGCCAAGCAAUGAACAUGGCUUCGGAUAUGGUUGGUGAUGCAAAGGAGAAGGCUAAAGAUAAUGCGUACAGUGCUUAUACCGUUGCCUCUGAUAAAACAAAUCAAGCCAUGGACGGGGCUUAUGGUAAGGCCCAGGAAGCUGGAGAGGCUAUGAAAGAUAAAGCAUCAGAUGCUUAUGGAUUUAGUCAAACCAUAAGAAUGGUUUCUGAUAAGGCUGAUGAUGUCAAAGGCAUGACAGAAAAUGCAAUGUCACAUGGAAAAGAUAAAGCUUUUGAGACCUUCGAGGAUGCCAAGUCAAAGCUUCAGGAAACUUGUAGGCUGCCUGUUGAUUCCAUGACUGAUCAAGCCAAAGAGAAAUAUGAAGCUGCCAAGGAGACAGUUUCAAAAGCUGCAAGCAAUAUAGGAGCAAAUACGAGAACCGACAGCAGAGUCAUGAAUAAUUACUAGCAGGUACUACGGACCACACUUCACCGUGGCAUGGUCAGAAUCCGCCCGGGAUUGCAAUGAGAAUGCUGUUUCUCAAUAGGUGCUAUUAAUGCUUGUCCUCGUGAGUGUUUUGGCAUUGCCCUUUUCAGUGUUUCGACAUUGUAUUUUUUAAUUUCAUGAAUGCACUUCAAUGGUAGUAAAUGACAUAAAACACAUUUGGCAAUGUUACAGCUUAUGUUUCUGUGUGUUCUUUUUCGUUUCUUGAGAACAAAAAUUGACCUUCAUUGUUUGGUUGCCUCAAUGUACAAGAAAUUCGACCGUUUGCUAGAAUUUUUGUUUUUUUGUAUGGAUUUCUUUCUCUUCAUCUUUUC